ACACUCUUGAACACAACACUAAAAAGUAGAGUCAUUUCAAGUUCCAUCCCUAGAAUACCAAGAAAGAAAAAAAGACAUGGGCAACCAUAGCCUUCACUUACUAAUAGUAUUCUUGUCUUUCCAAUGUUUUUUUCCUUACAAUACCAUGGCUAAAUCAUCCAUUUCCUCAAAUCCAGCUGCCAUAAAAUUCAUCAAAGUUUCAUGUAAAGCCACACUCUACCCUGUUUUAUGUGUCCAAUGCCUCUCUGCUUUUGCUAACUCUGUCAAACAGAGUGAGAAGCAAUUAGCUCAUGCUGCUUUAUCAGUUAGUUUAACCCGAGCUAAAUCCACCACCCUAUUUGUAUCUAAGUUAAAUAGAAUGAGUGGUCUAAAGCCAAAAGAAAAACAAGCUAUUAAGGACUGUAUGGACACUAUGAGUGAUAGUGUUGAUCAGAUAAAUAAAUCAAUUCCGGAACUUGGACAUACUGGUCAAUUUUCAAACGGACAGGACUUUAUGUGGCAUGUUAGUAAUGUACAGACUUGGGUAAGUGCUGCACUUACUGAUGAAAAUACUUGUCUUGAUGGAUUUUCAGGGCCUGGUAUGAAUGGAAAUGUGAAAGCUGCUUUAAGGUUGAGAAUACUUCAUGUUGCACAAGUUACUAGUAAUGCACUUGCUUUGGUUAAUCGCUUUGCGGAUCGACACCGGCCUAGCGCAAUCGCAAAUAAUCCUUAAUGGGAUUGGAGCAGGGAGCGCUAAUUUGAAUGAGUCGGGUCUAGUUUUGAUGUGUAAAGGUUAUGUUGUUUUUUAAUUUGCCAUAAGCAUGAAUUUGGGGCUUUGUGUCUAGUGAUAAAAUUAUAUAUACUGUGUUGUGGCAGGAUUUGUGAGAAAAAGUUCAAUUUUGUAGGUUUCUAUAUGUGAAUGUUGUAACAUAAUCUUCUUGCUUGUAUGAGCCUUGUUUUGUACUCUGUUUUAACUUUUAUAUAAUACAUACUACUACCUGA